CUCUGAGCACAGUAUGAAUCCAAUAUAUCUGGAGCGGACAGUAGACUCUAGAGGCUGGACUAUUACGGUUGCGGUAAAACCAGUCUCCACUUUGAAAACAGCACAUAUUACACCACUCCCACUUGAAAACCUCAAAGGGUAAUUUAUGGUGGCUUGAUAAAGCCACCAUAGUCAUUCCUGGUUUUCUAAAUUACAUUCAUACAGGUUUAAAUUAAGGAUGUGUCUAUAGUUCAUUUAUUCAAAGUUAUUUGAUAAUCUAGUGUACAAUUUAAGCAGAAGUACAGCUGGUGAACAAAUAUUUCUUGAUAGGGAGACAGACUCGAUCUUGAGGAUGUGCUGAAACCAGUCUGUAAAAACCCAUUUAUUGGCCACAUCACCAAUAAAUGGGUAUAAUAGUCCGGAAAUUAUACCAAGUCGUUUGCCACUUGGUCUGUAGUUCUUUUAUGCCUCGUUCUGUCCCUGCCAUUCCAACAUGUAACUCACUGAAUCGUCUUUGCUUGAUCCAACACUGAAAAAAUGCCGUAUUUCUCUGUGACUUCUCUGGGAAUUGGUUUGGGGUGGGGUACUGUCACGAUCCUUGGAUAUUUGGCUUUUGGUUUACAUUUCAUGAAUCAGUCCUAAGAAGACCACAGACUUCUGCUUUCAGAAGCCUGGGUAAUUUUUCUUCUUCUGCACUGAAUCAGAAUCAGGUCACCUUUCUGCCAAUCUAUUGCACCAUGAUGACUCAGUGCUGGGAGGGGCACAGCUGCAAGGUUUGUGCUCAUUCAGAAGCGCUUCAUAAAACAGGAUGAAAAUGUUUGUUGUAGCUGGGAUUCUCCUUUACGUUUCCCAGCAUGCUUUGGGUGUGGAGGUGUUCAACGGCAUGGAGUCGGUCCAGCUGCCCUGCCAGGUCAACGUCUCUGUUUCCAUGGAGUCCACGGUUGUGUGGAGCCGCGAGGACCUUAGGUUUUCUACUGUUCACAUCCAUCAGCAGAGCGGCGAUGAUCUGUCUGAGCAGAACCCGCGUUACAGCAAUAGAACGAUGAUGAGCAAGGAUGCUCUGCAGACCGGAGACCUCAGUCUGACUCUGAAGAACCCUACUGUCUCUGACAGUGAGACAUACACCUGCACUGUCCGCAGGUUCGGACAGGAAUUGAGCUGUAUCCACGUACAUCUCCAAGUAAAGGAACGUCCUCAUCCGACAUGGUUGAUACCUAUGUCAGUGGUGCUGAUUCUAUUUUUCGUCCUGGCUGCUGUCUUUGGUUUGGUCGUCUAUAGGAGGUACAAGAGGAUAAAACGUAAUCCAGUCUACAAGCUGCAAGUGGUGAAGACUGCAGAGGGUGAGGAAGCUGUUGUCCUGCCCUUUAAAACCAAAGUUCAUCUUCCUCCCACGGCAACAGUAGAGUGGAGACGUAUAGACACGGACCAGGUGGUCCACCUGUAUCCAAGCACCCUGCAUUGGCCUGAGAUGGUUCGAGGUCUUACACAGAUGGAAGACGACCCAUUUAGAACCGGAGAUCUCAGUCUGACUUUGUACAGCCCCAACCAUUGUGACAAUGGUCUCUAUGUCUGCACCGUCCAAAAGGGUGGACACAACCUGAAGCAGAAGGUUGUGUCUCUCUUUGUUGAAGAACAUCUGGUCUGGUCUGACAAGAACUCCGACCAAACCGACCACAUGCCUGAGAGGAACAGCCUUAGACAGAGUCUGAAGAGCAGCCUUGGAGGACGAUUUUACUACAAUCAAUCUGCUUCCUCUUUGUCCGUACACCAUUAUCUGUUCUUCUUAGAUCAAGCUUUGUGUAACAAAGUUGUCCCACGUCCACAGGACCUGUCUCUGCUGUUAAUUUGUGUUGAUUAACUGUCUCGUGUCUUCUGCAGGACUUACAACAGAGAUGGAUCUCAGCUUAAUAGAUCACAGAUGGAUCUGGAGAUGACUCCAGACGUCUCCAGAAGGCUGCCAAUUUUCCAGGAA